CACGCCGUAAAUUCAAUUCAAAACGGAUGCAGGUUCAUGUUGGGUGUUCAUAUAAUAUUUUGCCCAGUCAGUUGUUUGACUGGAUUUGUUCCACCUUGGACGAAACUUGCUCUCAUUCGAAAGUAGCACAUUUCUACCGACUUUUUGCCGAACGUGGCAACGGUGUUCAACGGCAAGUGGUGGAUGCGUACACAGAAUUUACAAACAUCUGGUGUUUGUUGUUGUGCACAGUGAAUUUGUUGCGAGUAUUCAAAAUUGUUUUCAGGUUGUUUUAGCGGCAAUUAUAGCAUUGUUAUCAUUGAUAGACAAUUUUCAAAGACAAUGGGACGUCGGAAGUGCAUUCUUUGUGGAGUUAGCAGUGAAAAAACUGAGGCAACCUUCGACAGUGAUUCCAGUGAUGAGGAGAAUGAAAUCAAUCUUGCCCAGGAAAUUGCCCUAAGCCAUUCAAAUAGCGAACAACUGGAAAGCAGGGAUCUACCUAGAGAACAAAUAAAGUCACCAGAAAUGGUAUGUGAAUACAGUUUUCCUGAACAUGAUCGAACAACAGAUAGUAUCACCCUAUCAGCUUUGCUGUCAGGCACCCAGUCAUUAUCUGAAUCCGCUACAUUAAGUGCUUCACAAUCACGUACUGGAAGUAUCCCAGUGACACCACAGUCCCGUACUCAUGCCUCAGAAUUAGAUAUGAUGAUUUUAAACACAUUCAUAGAAGCAAAAGCUGACAAUGAGGAAGAUAACCUCAAAGAAAAUGAUAGUGAUGGUGAACCUCCACGGAAAAGAAUGAAAACAAAACCUAUUCGAUACUUCGGCGAUAUACGUUAUACUGAUUUGGAAAACCCACUUAAAAGGCCAAUUUGCUGGAAAGUCAUUCAAAACACGUAUAAGAAACAAAGAAAGACAAUUGACUGUUUACGAGCCAAAACAAGAAGACAAGCAAACAAAAUUUGGUCUCUUCAAGCAUUGACAAACCAUUUGAAGCGAAUAAAUAUGAUAUCGGAGAAUGCUCAACACAUGCUUGAUGGCUCCAUUGCAGAAGACAUUUUCAACAAAAUUCAAAGAGGCCGAAAAAAAGAAAAAUAUAGUGCAGAACUGCGUCGCUAAAUGGCUAAAAUGGCUAUCAGAGUCUACAGAGUACGCUAAAUCCCCAAGUAUACCGUUAUGUAUAAAACGAUUUAUAAUCCAACUUAAGCUCCACAAUAAAUGUAGUCUCAAAAUCUUCCUAAACAAUAUUUCAUACAGGGUUAACAGACUAUUGUACAAUAUGCAAUACUCGAAAGACUGAAUCUUUAGGCCAUCUCCUCUUGGAAUGUCCAUUAUACAAUCCAUUGAGAGAGCAUAUUCUGUCAGAUCGUUUGAACCAAAUCUGUGUCUUUGCUUGCCUAAAUAAAACGAAUGAGUUGAAUUUAUGAUACAAACUUUUUAAAUACUUUAGGGAACUAUUUAAGCUAAGAUCUUUCUUAAGGAAUGAAUAGUUUUUUGUGCCUUCAAUAUUAAGACAGAAUAUUUAAAUUGAUGCGUCAAUUAUUUAUUCUUUUUCUGUUUGUUUAUAUAUUUUUUUAUAUACAACUUUUGAUCAUGGUUACUAUCAUUUUCUUACUAUUUUUUUUGUAUUCAUACUCUGGACAGGAAAUUUUCUACUCAAUUCUUAUUAUUUACA